ACAAAACCCAACGUUGGAUGAAUGACAUAUUCAUGAUCUCUUCGGCGCAUCCAUUCACCUACACUACCUACCUACUCACCUACUCUUUUCAAGAACAACAAUUACAACAUCCCUCUAAACCACAACACCUAUCCCUGUUUCAGCUUCCCGUCUACCUAACCAACUUUUUACAACCUAGACGACUACUGCAAACCGUUACUCCAAUUUAAUCACUUACACUUCAUAACUUUCCACUUUUUCUUUUUUUCCCGUCUAAGCUACCUUAAAAGUCCCUGACGAUUUAUUCGGAACAUUUUCUCCCAUCACACAGAUACCUACCUAAUUACGAACGCGCUGUGCUUCCCAUUCGUAAUUACAAAACAAACUUCGUCCUUUUCUUGUUGAAAGGAAUCAAACAAGAAAUGUGCAUACUUUCUUAAAUUUACCCUCCGUUCACACUUACCCUUUCCUGUCGCGAGCCAUGGCUACAGACUGGAACAAACUCAAGGUCGUCGACCUGAAAGCCCAGCUUAAGAGCCUCGGCUUGCCUCAGAAUGGCCUUAAGGCUGAUCUAGUAGCACGUCUGGUAGCUGCAGAAUCCGAAAAGAAUGCAUCUCCAUCCCCCGACGAAGCCACCGAGGGCACUGAGGAUGUUAACGACGAGCCGCAACCUCAACAAGAAUCUCCUAAGGCACCCGAAGCCAUUGAACCGAGUCCCCCCAAUGAGUCUCCUAAACAAUCUGAAGUCGGAAGCGAAGCUGUACAUGUAGAACCAGAAACGCCUGUGGCUGCACCUGCAGCUGAGGCUCAGGCUAUUGUCGCCCCGUCAUCCUCCGGUGCGACCCCUUUACGAGCGAGCGAAGCCUUACAGGAUUCGCAGAAACGAAAGCGAAGAUCGUUGAGUCCUGCCCCCUCUACCCACGAGGUUGCACGUAAGCGAGCUAGACAGGAGGAUGGCGAUAGCCAAGAAGACCAAGCUGCAGAUCCGAUCCCAGAAGAAGUCGACGAGGUAGCUCCUCGAAAGGAAGAGACUUCAGCUCCUUCAGACGUCGAGAUGCAAGGUGCUAAAGAUGACGCGCCAACCGAGCCCGAACCCGGACACGAUAUCGGUAUUGCUCAGCCCAGCCCUACGGAAAACGUCCCCCUAGUUACUCAGAACGGACACACCGAAGAAGAUGUUACUAUGGAUGACACCGAACCAACCUUCGAAGGACGUCACGAAGACCCGUCCUCUCGAGAAGAGACCUACAACGCGCCUCUAGUCGAGAUAGAACGCGAUGUGGCACCGUCGAUCCAUCCAGCCACAUGUGCACUCUACAUUAAGGACUUCAUGCGACCUCUUCGAGAGCAGGCGGUCAAGGAUCAUUUGUUAGACCUCGCCACACCGGUAGGCGCUCCCAUUGAAGAUGGUACAAUUGUUGAUUUCUACCUUGACAAUAUCCGAACACACGCAUUUGUCGUGUUUAACAGCAUAUCGUCUGCCUCAAGGGUACGUACCGCACUCCACAACCGCAUCUGGCCUGAUGAGACCAACCGCAAGGCUUUGUGGGUUGACUUCAUGCCGUCAGAGCGCUUCGCGGAGUGGGUCGAUAUGGAACAGACGUCUUCCGGAAGACGUGGUUCGACGAACCGUUAUGAGGUCGUCUACGACAACGAUGAGGAUGGUAAUGUGAUUGUCAAGCUCGAAGAAUUCGACAGCACGGGCCCCGCCCCAAAGCAGACGCUUAUUGCGCCCGAACCCGCGCCCGAGCGCAAGCAGUCCAUUCCUACCGGCCCGUCCCGAUCUUUCGCUGGCAUCGAAGGCGCGCCUACGGGACCGCGCGGUUUUCCGGGAGGUCGCGGUUCCGCGAUUCAUCCUAACAGGAUGGCGCGAAUAGACCAAGCCGGACAGACAACCCGCGCCUUCCCAACCAUCACGUACCAGCCCGUCUCGGACGAGUUGGUGCGUCGACGACUUGACACGAUUUCGGCGGCGAAGAGUAAGAGCUUGGACAGAGACUUCGGCAAGGAAUACAAGCGCUACUACUUCGAGAACGGCGAUACCCUUGUUGACAGAGGUCCCGAGAUUUUCCUAGGUAUCCGCCCGCCGCACCGAGAGCGCGAGCGCCAGCGUGAUCAGAGACGCGACCCACGCGACCCACGCGACCCGCCACGUGCUCGCCGAGGUGGUGGUGGUGGAAACGGUCGACGUCGUGGAGGCAUGCCGAUCUUCCACGGCGUUCCUCGAGGUGGCGAUCGAUUCCGUCCCGGAGAGUCCUCCGGACCAGGUCCCAACGGCCGCUCUCGAUAUGCAGACGACCGACCAGGCCGCCGCUACGAUGAUCGCGGUAGCCGAAGAGAUAGAGACCGUUACUAACGAACUAAUAAUCUCUGCAGAUGUCUAGAGACAGCGACACGAAGCCAAAGUUAAGUGACGUUGCUGCAAGGCAUUACGAAACCAACUGUAUAUGAAUGAAUUGGACGUACGACGCGCGGUUCCCGCUACUCCCGCACCUAAAUCGCAAACGCAAAUCAACCAAAAGUUUAAGGGCCCUUUUUUUCUUCGGAGCAUAGAGAGACGCAUAGGAACGAGAACAAACAGCAUUUGGCAGGACAGAUAGGACGCAUUGUAUGGAAAGGAUACCCGGUCCGAAGGGAAAGGAGGGCGGUGGCAAAGCAAGCCUAUUUGACGAGAACAGAACAGAAGACGGCGACACGAGAGACAGCUUUUUGCAAGACAAAUUUCUGACAUGACGCCUGACUGAUUAAGGUACCCAGUAGGCUAUUGCAAGACAAAGUGUGCUAAUAAUUGAUGAUGUUUAUAACCCGAGAU